AUGGAACCCAGUCCGACAAUUGGUACCACGCAGACCCCUGAAGACGCCUCAACCAGCUACGAAUAUAUUUCUCCAAUCGGGGAGUCGUAUAUCAAGGACGCAGCUCGACUCUACCCAAAGCCCCGGAAAGAGGUUAAAAGGAGGGACAACGAAUUCUGCCUUGUUGAUCGUAUACAUGAAGCCGAGUAUGGAAAACUGCAAACACCCCCAGAACCUGCGCACAAACUUGUCAUCACUCUUGAAGACGACAACUUCACCGACGAGAAAUAUCAGGUUUACGACAACUAUCAACGAGUUGUCCACAAGGACCUCCCCGAAGAUAGGACUCCUCGGGCCUUCAAGCGAUUCCUCUGUAGUUCUCCCCUACGACGGGAAGUCAUGGUGACACCUGAUGGACAAAAGCGCAAGUUAGGGUCGUAUCAUCAGUGUUACAGGCUCGAUGGCGUCCUGGUUGCCAUUGGAGUAUUAGAUCUGCUACCUGACUGCGUCAGCUCCGUUUACUUUCUAUAUCAUGAAAGCAUUCACAAGCAGACCCCGGGGAAACUAGGUGCAAUGCACGAAAUCGCCCUAGCGAAAGAAGAAGGGUAUCGUUGGUGGUACCCUGGGUUCUACAUUCACAAUUGCCCGAAGAUGAAGUAUAAAAUCGACUAUUCUCCGCAAUUCAUCCUCGAUCCCAGCAGCUUUGGCUGGGACCCAUUAGACCAGGCAACCUUGAAUCUCCUCGACCAGAAGCCGUUUCUCAGUCUAUCCAUUGAAAGGCAAGAAGCUUCUAUCGUUGACAGUGAGCCCCAAACUGAUGAGACUCGAGGCUCCAAAAGGCCAAAGGUUAGCAAUCAGGUCGGGCAAGCCACUCCUAGAAAUGGCACACGCACAGAGGGUCACGACAACAGGGAGGGGGAAAAUAACGAUGAAGAUGGAGAUGAAGACAUAGGGUCCCUCUUCCAAUCAAGCAUGCCCGGAAUCACUUGCGCCUCAGAUAUGGAGGAAGUCGAUUUGGAUCACAUUGCCUUGAAGGUGUUUUCCACCGGACCACUAUUCGAGACUUCUGAUCUCGUGGCUUGGGACUCCAAAAGCAUCACCGAUUGGCCUGGGAUUAAGGCCUCUGUAGCAGAGUUGAUUGCGGCUAUUGGGCCAGAUGUUAAAGAUAUGAUCUGUUUGGACAUGACACGGGAGAGAGCUUAG